UUAAGUUUAGCAGAAAUUGCUAAAGUGUGCUUACAAUCCCAAAAAUUGAACAUUUUGUACACAUUGAUUGACAAUUCUAUAUAUACCAGAUAAAGAUGGGAGGUAGCACCAAGAAAACAAGGAAAAAUAGGCAAAAGGACGUUGAAAAAUUGCCAAAAUGGGAUUUAGAAUCGGAAUCAGAAAUAGAAAAAGGUCAAACUCAAAAGAAAUUAGACCUCACCAAAGAAAGAGAUGCCUUACUAGAACAAAGAGAACUAUUAUUACUAGAAAAAGAGAUAAAACAAUUAAAAACAUAAUCACAAGCUAUCCGAGGCCGAUGAGGAAAAGGCAUUUACAAAAGGACCUUCGACUAAAACUACAAUGAAGGACUUGCAAAAAGACAGCCAGUUGAACGAUCUCAUCUCCAAUAUGUUUGAAAGACCGGAGACAUUGGCCCAGAAUGACAACUCUGGCGCUGGUGCACGUGAUGUUGGCAUGAAAGAGACACCGCAUGAGCCGACUAAGGGUAAGCCUUUAUUGAUUCCUGAUUUCGUGACCAAAUCAUACCGUGCGGAGCCUGAAGUGCCAUUAUUCAAAGCUGGUUCUGGUGUACUCGCAUGGCAGCCAUCAAAAAACCCUAAGAUCUCUGUCGAGAAAGUGACAGUGGCACAGUGGACAGCUGCUAAUGGCCGAAUUAUGAAAAAACUGUUAAAAGAUGGAAUAUCAUAUGAAACAUUGAUGGACUAUAUUGAAUAUACAACAAAGGUUGGAGAUUAUUUACAACAAUAUACUGUUAGCUCGGUCAUGAUCUUGGAUGACGUCCACCGUAGAUACGUAGCGGAAGAAAAUGUCGCAUGGAGUGAUGUUAACAAACAUUUCAAAGAUCAUUACCUCGUAUCCAUUCAAGAACCAUCACGUGUGAAAUCAGGUUGGAGCAAAUUUCGUAACCGGCCCACUCAGCAGUAAACUAGAUGUAUGGGAACAAGAACUUCGGAAUGAUAUUGAUCGCGAAUACAUAUUACAGGGCAUAAGGGAUGGAUUUAAAAUAAUUGAUGAUUUCUCAACAGUGAAGGAUGUUUUUGUGCGCAAUAACAAAUCGGUGGAGCAAUACAAAGAACUAGUAGAAAAACAAAUUUUACGUGAAAUAAAGGAUGGCGCUUAUGUCUGUGUGUCUAGCAAGCCAAAAAUAGUUAGUGCACUUGGAGCAAUAUUAAAAAAUGAUGGAAGUUCAGUGAAAUUAAUUCAUGAUGGGAGUCGGCCUGAGAAUUUUAGCAUGAAUAGUUAUGUUUCUCAUGAUCCAUUUGUUUAUGAAACCAUUGAUAGUGCAUUAAAAUUAAUACCAGUGAAUGGAUACAUUGCGAAGGUAGACCUUCGGGCAGCAUAUAGAAGUGUAAGCAUUCACGACUCGUGC